GGAGUCUGCCUAGCAGCAUUGAUAUGAAAUGGCUACACACCCUCAGGCUUUCUGGCUGUUCAAAUGUGGAGAAGUUUCCAGAGAUCUCAGAGUAUAUGACGAAGCUAAGAUGCCUUGAUCUAGAUGGAACUGCAAUCAAAGAACUACACUCAUCAAUUAAUAAUCUCACUGGGCUCGUAGAAUUGAAUCUCAAAAGUUGCACAGAACUCAAGUCACUACCAACCAGCAUUCAUCUAAGUUCUCUUCGGACACUUAACCUCAAGGGCUGCUCAAGUCUUGAAAACUUUCCAGAGAUUUCAGGAAUCAUGAAGGAGCUAUCAGUGCUUCUUUUAGAUGGGACCGGAAUUAAAGGACUGCCCUCGUCAAUUGAUCAGCUUGAGGGGCUGCAAAUAAUAAGUAUGCAGUUCUGCAGAAGCCUUGAAUUUCUUCCCAACAGCAUGUGUCGUCUGGUUAAACUUGCACGUCUCGAUCUGUCUGGGUGCUCAGCACUUCAUAACUUGCCUGAGAAUUUGGGGGACUUGAAAUCCUUGAAAGAAUUUCACGUAAGGGGUAGUGGUAUAAAACAACUUCCAUUUUCUAUCCUUCGUUUGGGGGAUAGAUUAUCAUUCAUUGGAUGUGAAGAGAUGACGGCACCCUUGUCAGCAUGGCCAUCAAUCGAAGGAUAUUGUAGUUACUCUGUUCUGCUACAUCUUGAUUUAAGAGACUGCAAUGUGUUGGAAUUAUCAGAUGGUAUUGUUCAUUUGUCAUCUUUGAAAUCAUUGAACCUGUCCAGAAACAAUUUGGAGAGCUUACCAGUGGCAAUGAAUCAACUUGGAUGUUUAACACAUCUUGUAGUGCAAGAUUGUAAGAGACUGAGAUCAAUACCAGAGCUUUCAUCGAGUAUAAGUUACAUAGAUGCACAUAAUUGCACAGCUUUGGAAACAGUUUCAAAGCCAAGGCCUCAAUACCAGACGAAUCAUUUCUUUACAUUUUCUAAUUGCCUUCAGCUGGUACAAGCAAAUCUAUUUAGAGAUAUUGUGGAAACACAUCCACAUUUGCAGGACAAUCACAUGCCACCUCUUCGGUUGAAAAUGUCUCUUCCUGGGAGUGAAGUUCCCGAUUGGUUCACCAUUCGGAGCAGGGGAAUUUCAGUAACUAUGCAGCUACCAGCUGAUUGGUUUUUGGGAUUUAUGGGAUUCACUAUCUGCGCUGUUGGUAAACAAUACCAGGGUGUUUAUCAGUAUGCUUGUCCUUUAUCUGCUGCUUGUUUAUGUACUUUAAAAGGAGAUAGUGGCGAGUGUUGUUUCAGCUUUGAUAUGCUAGAUUCGGUGUUCAGAAUCGAUAGAAUCCUACGGUCAGAUCACAUGUUCUGGAGAUAUGUUUCGUGGGCUGAAUGUCACUUGAUUGCAAAGGGAAAACUGGUCAAUGAAACAUAUACUGAGGCCACAUUUCAGAUUAUAGUAAGAAGUGAAUCCGUAACAGAACAACUCAGCAUCAGAAGCUGCGGAGUUGAUUUGUUAUAUGAUGAUCCAGAUAAAAUGCCUAAUCUAAACAUGCCAGAGGCCCAAGUUCAUGCAGACAGUAUUGAGACUGGAGAUUAUUUUAUGGACCCGUAUGAAUUGAGAAACAUAAAGAGAAACAGAAGGAGACUGAGUUUCUGAGUUGGGCAGCCACAGGGACCUGGUAAUGCCAAAUUCACAGAGUGAGGACGAAGAAGAGAAAGAAUUGAUGGAGAAUGAAGGAGAAGUAUGGCUUUGAAAGAAAGCAGUAGCAGAAGCAGAGGACUUUGUCUUUCCUGAAAGGAACUUGUGUUACUUGAAGUGGUGGCAGUAGUGAUCCAAGGUUAGUUUCUCAGCAACAGCUUGUGACUCUAUUCCCCUUUGUUGCUCAUUAAGACCGUCAUAUAAUUAGUCUUUUACUUUUAUUGCAACUCGGAACUCACCAACAGUAGAAAUAGACACUCAUUGAUAUGCACAAAUUCCUUGAUAUGUGCUGUUUAGUUGUAAGUUGUAACUGCUUUUCUUU